GCAUUAAUUGUAUUCGACAGAGAAAGCUGCUUUGCAGCUGUUCUGCAACUGUUGCAAAAUUCGUGAAUCUGGUCUUUUAAUGCUCUUAAUCUUGGUUGAAUUUGCGAACACAUAUCAGUCAAACUCAUAAAUUUUACAACAGUUGUAAAGUAAUUUUCUCUACCUAAUGCAGUCAUUAUUUCAACGCGUUUGUAUGCACAUACAACGUACCGUUACUUGGAGAACAAGUCGAAUCGGGAGUCAAAAUGGCGAUAGUCACGAGAAGCCGGUAGGCGUCACGAUGUUUUUUCGUCAUCGGCGCCUUCCGCAACACGCUUCAUCGAGAGCGUGACGCACAAUGUAGUUCUUGCGAAUGACAAGAAUUUUAGAAUAAUUGCCAUUCGGUACAUACUAAUCGCAAACACGCUACGUCAACACUCAGCGACCCUAACCUCAUCGCGACCCAUUGGAAGAGAGACGCCUCGAUUUAUGCCGCGAGUAUUUACACAUGAAAUCACCUUGCGUGCCGAAUAUGCGUUGAAAGAGUCACGCGAUACUGCUUCGCAUUUUCCAGGCUCAAGGGAGACGCGAUCGCAUCAUGUGAGACUCACGGCGAGGAAAAGACGCAAGUAUCGGACGUAGCGUGUUUGAAAUCCCUCUCAAAAUGAUCUCCCAAAUGUCGCACGUGAUGACUCUCGCCAACAGCAUCAUCGGCGUGAGCGUGCUGGCGAUGCCGUUCUGCUUCAAGCAGUGCGGCAUCGUGUUGGCGAUCUUGGUGCUGCUGUUGUGCAGCAUCUUGUCGCAACUCGCCUGUCACUUCCUCGUCAAGUCUGCUGUAAUAUCGAGAAGACGCAACUUUGAGCUAUUGGCUUUUCACGCGUUUGGCCACAUGGGAAAGUUCCUGGUGGAGCUGUUCAUUAUCGGCUUCCUCCUGGGCACAUGCAUCGCCUAUUUCGUCGUGGUCGGUGAUCUGGGACCUCAAAUCAUCGGCAAGAUGAUAAGCAAGACUCCGGGGGACAUUCGUACCAGUCUUCUGAUUGCCACUGGUGUCCUCAUAGUUUUACCUCUAGGAUUACUUCGAAACAUUGAUAGUCUGUCUAGCAUUUGCACAGCCACUAUCGUCUUCUACCUCUGCCUUGUGCUAAAAGUAAUGGGCGAGUCAACCCAGCAUAUUUUCGCUGGAGAUUGGUACGAUAACAUCAAUUAUUGGAGGCCAGCCGGCAUUCUGCAAUGUCUACCGAUCUUCUCCAUGGCUCUGUUCUGUCAGACACAACUGUUUGAGAUUUACGAGACCAUUCCCAAUGUAUCGUUAGAAAAGAUGGACGACGUUGUACGAGGAGCGUUAAAUAUAUGCACCGUUGUAUACAUAUGCGUUGGCUUGUUCGGUUACAUUGCAUUCUGUACCCAAUCGUUCACAGGGAAUAUCUUACUGAGUUUCGAACCUAGCGUUACGUCCGAACUGAUUAAGAUAGGAUUCGUAUUCUCGGUCGCAUUCAGCUUCCCUCUAGUCAUUUUUCCGUGUCGCGCGAGCUUGAAUUCCCUCUUGUUCCGACGGGUACACACUCAUGAGCCGUCUGUCAAUUAUCUGCCGGAAUCCAGGUUUCGCUGUCUUACUAUCGCUGUAGUCAGCAUCUCGUUGAUCAUCGGAAUCCUAGUGCCAAACAUUGAGUUUGUUCUCGGCAUCGUGGGCUCGACGAUCGGAGUAAUGAUCUGUUUAAUAUUCCCAGCGGUGUUUUUUAUAUCUAUAAGUAGCAAAAACACCAACGAAAGGCUACUAGCGCAGGGUAUUUUAAUCAUCGGCGUUUGGAUCAUGGUUCUAGGCACGUACGCUAAUUUGUACGCCAUGGAGGAGUCCACGAACACAAAACUGGCAGUGACGAAUAAACCGCUCGCUCAGAUCAAUAAUCUACCGUUGAACAUAAUUAAGGACGAUUUGCAAAUCAUUCCGAAAGCUCCCAAUAGCUUGGAGCUCAUUCCCAGAGUAAAAGAGAAACUGAAUAAAGUACCUGAGAUAAAUGUUCUCGAUAAGGUGUUGGAUGUGAAAGCGAAAGAUAUUCGGCAAGAGCCGCCGAUACCUGUCGAGCGUGUGAUCGUCACCGAGAAACCAAGUGCCGAUAAGUCUGACAAGAUAGUAGCGGCACCCGGUACCCUUGUACCUGAAAUAAGAGAAGUCGAAACUAUUAAGACAUUAAGUGAAAACUCGAACGUGCAGCCACAAGUCGCUGAUAUCGCUAAGCUCGACGAGUCCGUCGUCACAUUGAAAGCGGAAGAGAAGAUAAAGAUGAUUGAGGAAAAGGAGCGAUCCGUGGACCUGCAGAAGAAUGACAAUCUCAUUAAUUUAGACGCGAUAAAGAAGGAGGAGUCGGAAUUGGCGGCCGACGGGGACGUCGCUAACGUCAGAGCAGCGGAGCGACAUGAGCAACUGAGAAAAACGCUGGAGAAGCACAAGUUGGAACAACGUCAAAUGAUGCAGGAGCAAAAGGAAAUACUAAAGGAUAUCAAGGAACAGAAGCAGGAAUUCGAGAGGGAGAAGCAAAGAAUGGCAAAGGACGAGAUACUCAAGAAAAGUGAGAAAAAGAUGCAAUUUAACGCAAAGGAAGAUACUUUGGUACAGGAUAGUUUGAAAGAAAGCGACAGGAGAGCCGUGGAAACCAACGAUGUCAACGUCGACCAGAGUAAACGUAACAAAGAGAUCUUGGAGGACAAAGAAUGGAAUGUAGCGGACAAAACGAAAUCAAGCGAAAAGCUGCAUACGCCGGACGAGACGAACGACGUGAACACUGCGCCUAAAAAUAACGAGAAAAAGUCAGAUCCGCUUCUGAAAAUCUCUCGGGAUAUCGCGGAAGAGGCUGAAAAAUCGCCGAGAGACGUAGCGAUGGAUAGGCCCGUUCAUAUAGAGACGGUCGACCUGGAAACACCCGAGAAGCUAUCGAUAAGUAAAGAACCGUCGAUACGUAACGAUGAGACGAAAGUAGGAAGGACAGAGUUCAACGAUUCGGAGAGCAUGAAGGGUCCCGUCUUGAACGUUUUGUCGAAGGGCGCUCUGCAGAAAUCCAUCGUAGAAGAGGGACUUGCGAAGGAAAUCGACAAUCAUCAGAUAAAGGAAGAAGAGAGAGAAAUAUUCGUAAACGAAGUUAUCAACGGGUCGGACAAGCUGCAAGGGAACCACGACGACUCUCACUUCUCCGUGCCUAUAGCGCUGAAAAUGAGCAACCAGUCGAGGCCCUACAACGCGGUCGUCCCGUCGCCGAACAAGAGCGAGUCGCAGGUUCAAGCGAUACGCAGGGACAUUUUGGAGAAUUACGAGCGUGAGAAAAGAGACAUCGGCGCGGAGGUGAACGCGAGCGAUGCGCUAGUCAGUGGAAAUCGUUUGGCCGAGAAAUCCGAGUCGCUGCUGAAGGACGUCAACGAUGGGGAUCGUGAGACCUGUUCGAAAGUACGAACGAGUUCCGAGAGACCUGAGGCAGAGAAGGAAUUUGAAAAGGGAGCGACGGAAUCGAGUACAACUGAGGAAUCGUCUUUGAUUAAGACGAACGUAUAUUUGUCCGAACAGGCAGUGACAAAGAUGACCCCGAUGGACUUGCGAGUCGCACUGAAUGCGGAGUACAUGAACAUGAAGCAGAGGGAUUUGAAAGCUCUAAGCUCCAAGGACAAUACGGAGAUAUAGAUAUUCAGUGAAGAGAAACGGCAGAAUUUAUCACCUUUUUAUAACGUCACGACUAUAAAAAGAAUGAAGGUACUUGUUUAAGAAAUUCUAGAUAAGAUCUAAUACAAAAUGUAUUUUUACAUUGUACAGUUCGUGUCAGCGAAAUUUCGUCGCUCGAUUUUCGAAAAUAAAGCAUCCAGUUCGAUGAGA